ACCCUGGCCAUGCUGGCGCUGCUAUACUGCUGCUUGCUUCUGGUGGCCCAUGCUUCGGCUUCCGGGACCUUCCUGAACACCCAGGAGGAGCAAAUCCGCGACAUGCAUGCCAAAGUGACGGAGAUCUGGCAGGCCCUCACGCAGCGGCGGGUGGUUCAAGACCAGCCAACUGGGGUGCUGUAUGCCUCCUGCCAGGUGCAGCCAUCGGCAAGGUUGGAAGCGGAGCAGCCGCGGGUCAGCGGUACCAUCGUCUUCAAGCAGUUGGGGCCAGGUGCCAAGCUGGAGGCCUACUUUGACCUGGAGGGCUUCCCGACUGAGGCCAACAGCACCAGCCGUGCCAUCCACGUGCACGAGUUCGGGGACCUGAGCCAGGGCUGCGAUUCCACCGGCCCCCACUACAACCCGCUGGCCGUGCCGCACCCUCAGCACCCCGGAGACUUCGGCAACUUCGUGGUGCGCGGCGACGGCCGCCUGUGGAAGCACCGCACCGGCUUGGCCGCCUCGCUCGCAGGGCCUCACUCGAUCGUGGGCCGUGCCGUGGUGGUGCACGCCGGCGAGGACGACAUGGGCAAUGGUAACAACCCGGCCAGCUUGGAGAAUGGCAACGCGGGUCGCCGGCUGGCCUGCUGUGUGGUGGGCACCAGCGGGGCUGGGCCCUGGUUGCACCAGGCACAGGAGCACGUGGAACGCAAGAAGCGCCGGCGCGAGAGCGAGUGCAAGACUGCCUAGCACAGCCAGGCUGCGCAGCUGCAGGCCUUCGCCAGGCGUCCAGGAAACCCGUGCCCUCUCCCACGUUCCCUCUUUCAUAUAGGCAGAGACACCUCCCCGCCCCCUCUCCUUUCCUCCCAGCCUCCCCCAGACCCGCUCACCCUGGAGCCUCCUAAAGUCCCUGAAGUUCCUUCUCCACCCCCACCCUGCAAGCUCCCACCUUAAGAACCUGAGGGCCCCCUCUCCUUAGGUUCCUCCCAGGCCCCAGGGCCCUAUCCCUUACCUACCCAUCUCCCACGGCGUGCCUAGCCUUGAGUCAGGGCCUUGCUGUCCACCAGCCACCACCCACUCCACAGGGAGAUGCCCUUUGGGGAUGGGGAGGGGUGGUGGUUGAU